GAACAUGUGGAAAACAUUCUGGAAGAAUAUUCACAGAAAGGUAGAGAUGUGCAGAAGAGGCUGAAGGAAACCACUGAGCUACGUGAACAACAGAAAAUCAAUUUAAGACUCAUCAUUGCUGAUUUGCAGACUAAACUGAUGGAAGUGCAAUCGGAAAGAGAUGUGCUUCAGGAUACCAGACAAAAGGAAUCCCAGAGCCGAGAGAAUGUAAAAAUACAACUAAAAAAUACUAUUCAGGAGCUGGAAGCUGCCAACCAGCUGCAGGAGGAGAUGCUAAGGGAGGCUGACAGCCAAACCGAGCAUCUGAGAAAGAUGGUACACAGCCACGAGGAAGUACUUCUGGAACUACAUGGCAUCCUAAUGGACUACGAAGACAGCACAGGCAAGAAACUCUAUGAGUAUGAGAAUAUUACCAGCCUACACAUCCACAACCUGAGCACAGCAUUUGCUGAUGUCCUGCGACAUUUAGACUCGGAGGUGUCAUACCUCAAAGAAAAGGUUGUCCUGGUGGAAGAAGAACUUGAGUCACUGAAAAAAGUUUCACAGACCCAAAACCAACUUCUGCUUCAGCAACAUCAAAAUAGGAUUGAGCAGCUAAUAAGUGAGCAUGAACAGGAGGUGGCAGCACUACCUGAUAAAGCUAACAGUGCAUGCAGCUAUGCAAAUAGUACCCAAAGCCAGAUGGAGAUGAUUCAAGAACAAACAAGAAAUCAGAAUUCAGUGCAUCCACAUCAAGUUAGUCACCUGGAAUCUACAGUUUCUCAGCUGCGUUCUGAAUUACGAGACGCAAAGAAGACGUACGAAGACAAGGUUAAAGAUCUUGAGAAGCAGUUGCACCUAGCUCAUUCUGGGAUAGCAGAAGCUCCAACAGAACGAGAUCAAUGCAGCCAAGAAUCUGGAAAUCUGAAUGACCGGAUUCAUCAAUUGUUGAUGGAACUUCAUAAAAAAGAGGUAGAACUAAGUCUAGAAAAAGAGCAGAACAAGCGAUUCUGGGAUCGGAACACUGACAACAGCAUCACCAUUGACCAUCUCAGGAGAGAACUAGACAACAAAAACAUGCAAUUGCAGCACAUGGAAAACACAGUAAAGAAAAUGAGGACUGAAUGUCACAGACAAAUGGAGUGCCAGAUGGCUGCAAUUAAGGAAAAAAUUGAAGGCAUUGGAAGAAUCUCCUCUUUGACUGUCCAGCUGGAUUCAACUAAGGAAACACUCCAUAAAGUUAAAGAAGAUCUUGCAGCCAAACAGAUCGAUUUGGAGACUGCUGAGAAAACAGUGUCAAAUCUGACGGCCCGUCUGCGGGAGAAAGAGAGCGCCCUUGAGGUUACCAAUAAGGAAGUCAAGAAGCUACAUUCACAACUUGGCAGUAGGAUGCAGGAGCUCCAGCAUCUAAAGAAUGAAGAGGACUGUUUGCACAAUGUGCAGUCGGAGUGUGAGACACUGAAACUGCAGCUGUUAGAGAAGGAAAGGAUUAUUGAGAUUCUCCAACAACAAAUUGAUAACAUGACCCAGGUUGUGGGCCAGCACAGUCGAACUGCUGGAGCAAUGGAAGUUGAGAAAUCUCAGCUUAUAAAAGAAAUCAAUGACUGGAAACUUAAAGUAGAAGAACUUCAGAUUGCAAAGGAUGAGAAAGAAGCCAGAAUACAUGAAAUGGAGGCCAGACUGAAUGAGCUGGAACUGGAAAAGGUUAAACUGGUAAACACAUGCAGUGAGAGGCUCCAUGCACUUAAUGAUAUGAAACUGGAAAAAGACCAGCUAAUGAAUGAACUCCAAGCCGGUCGGAGUGAGCUAGCUGGCCUUGCAGGGGGAUUUGAAGAUUUGAAGAGGGAUUACCAGGAUAAAAUCGAGGAGAUGGAAAAUACUGCAAACAGACUGAAAAUGCAGUUGAAAUCUGCCCAAGCUGAACUUGAACAGACCAGGACUGCUUUAAAGACUAUGGGGGGAUCAGAUGGCCAUGCUAUGAAAGUUGCAGUGGGAAUGCAGAAGCAGAUCACAGCCAAGAGAGGACAGAUAGAUGCGUUACAGAGCAAGAUUAAAUUCUUGGAAGAGGCAAUGACAAACGCAGCUAAGGACAAGCAUUACCUUAGAGAAGAAAAUAAUAAACUAAGUCAAGAAUUGAGCUAUAUUACAGCAGAAAAUACCAAGAUUACUGGGGAACUGGAGAUCCUGAGAUUGCAAGACAAACGUCUGAAAGAAAAAAUACCUAAGAUGGAGACAGCCCUUGACAAGGCAUCCAUGCAGUUUGCAGAAUGUCAGUGCAUAAUCCAGUGUCAGGAACAAGAAGCCAUGCGCUUCCGACUGCAGCAUACUUUAGAUGUAAAAGAACUGCAGGGCCCAGGCUACUCAUCAGCUUCUGCUCCAGGCAAGCUGCGGCACAUAGCGCCUCUUUCCCACCUGCACUCUGCUGUCGUGCCACCUUCCCUGAGCUUGGCCAGCUGUGCCCCUCACAUGCCCUCCAAGCCAGGCAUCUUGAAGGAAGAACCAUUGCAGGAUCUAAAGAGGAUUCUUCAAGAAUUAACAAACUCAGACAAUGACAUUCCCGUUGUGGAUCUUGGCAAGGGUGGCAGCAAUGGUGGGAGAAAAUCACCUUUAGCAACUGUGAGGAAUACCAUGGAUCCUUCAUGCUUACAUACUGCAGAUCUUUGGUCCCAAGACGUUACCCUGCCCUUUACAUCCCUUGGAGGUGCAUCCAUCUCAGCAGCUCCUCGUUAUACAUCCUCGCCCAAGAAGGUGUCUCAGGAGGAGAGACACAGAGACAGGUCUCCAGUACACUUGCUACUAACUGCUCCACCCGAUGACCUUGCAGCUGGCCCCAGCACCUCACCAGAGCACAGACCAUCCGCAGGGAAGGUUGGCUCUCCAGAGGAUGCAGCCACAGUCCCUCAGAUAAAUUCUCAGCCCAUGGAAACUAGUGGGAAUACAUCUAAGAGGCUACAGAACAAGAUGGAAAGCCUGCAGAACCUGGUGGAAUCAUUACAGAUAAAAAACCAAGCCAUGUCAUCAAUGAUCAGAACUCAGGAAAUGAAGACAGAGAAAGCAAAGGAAAAGAAGAAAAAGCUAUCAAAGUGA